AUGUAUACCAAACAUCUCGAACUAAUUGUGCUUUUUACUCUUUUGUAUUCAGUUGAAAAGAUAUUCUCAAAGUUUGAGUUUACCAACAUCAACUGUACAAGUUUGGAUAAAGACUUCGAUGACAUUGAAUAUUGUUAUUUGAAGUCGGUGAAUCGAAGCUACAAAUAUCUAUCACUUAAAGUUAAUUUGCUUAAAACGCCAGUCACAAAAGUCAAGAUCAACGGAAGGCUUUUUAAGCGGUUUAACGGCUAUAGGCCCUUCAUGUUCAACAUCACCGCGGAUUUCUGCAGAUUCAUGACGAACACGAACUCAAAUGCUGUAGCUAAUUAUUUUUUUGAAUUCCUAAAAUCCCACUCCAACAUAAACCACACAUGCCCUUAUGAUCAUGAUCUGAUCCUGGAUAAACUGGAUGUAAGCUUUGUAAAUCACCAUGUGACAAAAGUUCUACCUUUCCCGGAAGGCGACUACUUACUCGAAACUCAUUGGAUUGCCUACGGUAUCGACCGGGCUGUGGUGAAAAUAUAUGGAACUCUCUCCUAAUCAGCUAUGCAUAUUCUUUAUAUUAUCUAUCACAAAAAUGGCGAACUGGUCU